AGGAGAAGGUGGCAGCAAUAACAAUGGAUGUAGGAGGAGGAAAGGAGGGCAUAAUUGCUCCUUCUUUCAUUGCCUUUUGGCUCCUAGAUGAAGAAAGGGCUGCACCAUGAGAAGGGCAAGUCCAGUCUGAGCAUUCUCUUGGGCCUGUGGAGCGAGACACCAACAUGGAGCCCGAGGAUCUGCCAUGGCCGGGCGAGCUGGAGGAGGAGGAGGAGGAGGAGGAGGAGAAGGAGGAGGAGGCUACAGCGGCUGCGGCGGCGGCAGCGGCGGCGGCGAACUUGGACGACGUCGUGGUGGUGGAGGAGGUGCAGGAAGAGGCUGGGCGGGAGUUGGACUCCGACUCUCACUACGGGCACCAGCAUCUGGAAAGUACAGACGACGGGGAGGACGAGGAGGACGAGGAAGCCAAGGCCUGGCUGCAGGCACACCCCGGCAGGAUUUUGCCUCUGCCAUCGCCUCCGAGGCACCGCUACUCGGAGGGCGAGCGUACCUCCCUGGAGAAGAUUGUUCCAUUGACCUGUCAUGUAUGGCAACAGAUAUUAUAUCAAGGCAAUAGUAGAACACAAAUUUCUGAUACUAAUGUGGUCUGUUUGGAAACAACAGCUCAGCAGGGUUCUGGGGAUGAUCAGAAAACAGAAUCUUGGCAUUGUCUUCCUCAAGAAAUGGACCCUUCCCAAACCUUGGAUACAUCCCAGACCAGGUUUAAUGUGAGAAGAGAAGAUACUGAAGUGUCAGACUUCCCCUCUCUGGAGGAGGGUGUAUUGACCCAAUCAGAAAAUCAAGUAAAGGAACCCAACAGAGAUCUCUUCUGUUCUCCAUUGCUAGUCAUACAAGAUAGCUUUGCUUCUCCUGAUUUGCCUUUGCUGACCUGUUUGACACAAGACCAAGAAUUUGCGUCUGAUUCUUUAUUUCAUCAAAGUGAACUAAGCUUUGCACCUCUGAGGGGAAUUCCUGAUAAGUCUGAAGAUACUGAAUGGUCUUCUCGACCAUCGGAAGUUAGUGAAGCUUUAUUCCAGGCUACUGCAGAAGUAGCUUCAGACUUAGCAAGCAGUUGCUUUAGUGUAUCUCAGCACCCACUUAUAGGGAGCACAACUGUUGGGUCUCAGUGCCCUUUUUUACCUUCUGAACAAGGGAAUAAUGAAGAGACUAUUUCGUCUGUUGAUGAACUGAAAAUUCCCAAAGACUGUGAUAGUUAUGAUGAUCUUUGUUCAUAUAUGUCAUGGAAGACACGAAAAGAUACACAGCAGCCUGAAACCAAUUUAGCUGAUAAAGAUCAAGUUUCAGUUACAAGUUUAUCUGACAUAACCGAUGAAAACAUAGCUACUGAAAGAAAUGACCAUUUUGAUGCUGCUUAUUCAUAUGGGCAGUAUUGGAAACAGGAAGCUUCACCUAAGCAGACAGAAACAUAUUUAACCAAGGGCCUGCAGGGGAAGGCUGAGUCUGACAUCAUUACUCUGGAUGGCCUAAAUGAAAACGCUGUUGUGUGCAGUGAAAGAAUUACUGAACUACAAAGAAAGGUGGGUCAUUCUAAUCUGGGCAUUAAUGAGUCUUUUUCAUUUUUAUUGCCUUCAUUUGUUCCACAUAAGCUAACAAGAGAGUCGGAAUAUCACUCUUCAGAUCUCAGAAUGUUGAGAAUGUCUCCUGACACUGUGCCAAAGGCUCCUAAACAUUUAAAAGCAGGAGAUGCUUCUAAAGGAGGCAUAGCUAAAGUUACUCAAUCCAACUUGAAGUCAGGCAUCACUACCACUCCUGUUGAUUCAGACAUUGGAUCUCAUUUAUCCUUGUCCCUUGAGGACCUGUCUCAGUUGACUGUAAGUUCUCUAGAAACUACUACUGGUCAACACACCAGUACUCUCAACCAAAGGCCAUUAGGAGAUACUCAUCUAACUGAAGAGACUCUGAAAGUCACAGCUAUUCCUGAACCAGCUUACCAGAAGACUGCAACACCAACAGUACUCUCUAGUUCCCACUCACACAGGGGGAAGCCCAGUAUUUUAUACCAGCAGGGCUUGCCAGACAGUCAUCUAACUGAAGAGGCUUUGAAAGUUUUAGCUGCUCCUGGACCAACUGAUGAGACAACUGGCAUACCAACUCUAACUUCUACUUCCUACUCACAUAGAGAGAAGCCUGGUAUUUUUUACCAACAAGAGUUACCAGAGAGUAACUUAACUGAAGAGCCUUUGAAAGUUUCAGCUGCUCCUGGCCCAGUGGAGCAGAAAACUGGAAUACCUACAGUAUCCUCUACAUCCCACUCACAUGGAGAGGACCUCCUCUUUUUCUAUCGACAGACCUUGCCAGAUGGUCAUCUAACUGAUCAGGCUCUGAAAGUUUCAGCUAUGUCUGGACCGGCUGACCAGAAGACUGGGACAGCAACAGUACUCUCUACUCCCUACUCACAUAGAGAGAAGCCUGGUAUUUUUUACCAACAAGAGUUCCCAGAUAGUCAUCAAACUGAAGAGACUCUUAAAGUUUCGUUCACUCCUGGACUAGCUGACCAGAAGACUGAGAUACCAGCAGUACAGUCUAGUUCUUACUCACAGAGAGAAAAGCCUAGUAUUUUGUCCUCACAGGUGUUAGCAGACAGUCGUCUACCUGAAGAGGGUCUGAACGUUUCAGCUGUUGCUGGACCAGCUGACCAGAAGACUGGCCUACCAACAGUACCCUCUAAUGCAUACUCACACAGAGAGAAGCUCCGUAUUUUCUACCAACAGGCCUUGCUGGACAGCCAACUACCCGAAGAGGUUCUGAAAAAUUCAGCUGUUUCUGGACCAGCUGACAGAAAGACGGGGACACCAACUGUAACCUCUACUUCCUCUGUGUCCUCUUCACUUGGAGAAAAGCCUGGUGCUUUCUAUCAGCAGACCUUACCCAAUAGUCAUCUAACUGAAGAGGCUCUGAAAGUAUCAGUUGUUCCUGGACCCGGUGAUCAGAAGACUGGGAUACCCUCAGCACCAUCUAGUUUCUACUCACACAGAGAGAAGCCCGUUAUUUUUUCCCAGCAGACCCUACCAGACUUUCUUUUCCCUGAAGAAGCUCUGAAGGUUUCAGCUGUUUCUGUAUUGGCUGCCCAGAAGACUGGGACACCAACAGUGUCCUCUAAUUCUCACUCACAUAACGAGAAAUCUAGUAUUUUCUACCAGCAAGAGUUGCCAGACAGUGAUCUACCUAGAGAAUCUCUGAAAAUGUCUGCUAUUCCUGGACUGACUGACCAGAAGACUGUCCCAACACCAACAGUACCUUCAGGUUCCUUCUCACAUAGAGAGAAGCCCAGUAUUUUCUAUCAGCAGGAAUUGCCAGAUAGUCAUCCAACUGAAAAGGCUGUGAAAGUUUCAACUGGCCCUGGACCAGCUGACCAGAAGACUGAGAUACCAACAAUACAGUCUAGUUCUUACCCACAGAGGGAGAAGCCUAGUGUUUUUUACCCACAGGUGUUAUCAGACAGUCAUCUACCUGAAGAGAGUCUGAAAGUUUCAGCCUUCCCUGGACCAGCUGAUCAGACGACUGACACACCAGCAGUACCCUCUACUUUCUACUCACAAAGAGAGAAGCCUGGUAUUUUCUACCAACAGACCUUGCCAGAGAGUCAUCUGCCUAAAGAGGCUCUGAAAAUUUCAGUAGCUCCUGGACCAGCAGACCAGAGGACUGGCACACCAACUGUAACCUCAACUUCCUACUCACAAUAUAGAGAAAAGCCCAGCAUUUUCCACCAACAGGCCUUGCCAGGUACUCAUAUACCUGAAGAGGCUCAGAAAGUUUCAGCUGUUACUGGACUGGGUGACCAGAAGACUUGGAUACCAGGAGUACUUUCUACUUUCUACUCACAAAGAGAGAAGCCUGGUAUUUUCUAUCAACAGACCUUGCCAGGUAGUCAUAUACCUGAAGAGGCACAGAAAGGUUCAACUGUUCCUGGACCAGCUGACCAGAAGACUGGGACACCAACUCCAACCUCUACUUCCUACUCACACACAGAGAAGCCUGGUAUUUUCUACCAACAGGUCUUGCCAGAUAAUCAUCCAACUGAAGAGGCUCUGAAAAUUUCAGUUGCCUAUGAACCAGUUGACCAGACAACUGGCACACCAACUGCAACCUCUACUUCCUACUCACAACAUCGAGAGAAGCCCAGCAUUUUCUACCAACAGUCGUUGCCAAGUAGUCAUCUAACUGAAGAGGCACGGAAAGUUUCAGUGGUUCCUGGACCAGCUGACCAGAAGACUGGGAUACCAACUUUACCCUCUACUUUCUACUCAUACACAGAGAAGCCUGGUGUUUUCUACCAACAGGUCUUGCCAGAUAAUCAUCCAACUGAAGAGGCUCUGAAAAUUUCAGUUGCCUAUGAACCAGUUGACCAGACAACUGGCACACCAACUGCAACCUCUACUUCCUACUCACAACAUAGAGAGAAGCCCAGCAUUUUCUACCAACAGUUGUUGCCAAGUAGUCAUCUAACUGAAGAGGCACGGAAAGUUUCAGUGGUUCCUGGACCAGCUGACCAGAAGACUGGGACACCAACUUCAACGUCUACUUUCUACUCACACACAGAGAAGCCUGGUGUUUUCUACCAACAGGUCUUGCCAGAUAAUCAUCCAACUGAAGAGGCUCUGAAUAUUUCAGUUGCCUAUGAACCAGUUGACCAGACAACUGGCACACCAACUGCAACCUCUACUUCCUACUCACAACAUCGAGAGAAGCCCAGCAUUUUCUACCAACAGUCGUUGCCAAGUAGUCAUCUAACUGAAGAGGCGAAGAACGUUUCAGCAGUUCCUGGACCAGCUGACCAGAAGACUGGGACACCAACUUUACCCUCUACUUUCUACUCACACACAGAGAAGCCUGGUGUUUUCUACCAACAGGUCUUGCCACAUAGUCAUCUACCUGAAGAGGCUUUGAAAGUUUCAGUUGCUCCUGGACCGGUUGACCAAACGAUUGGCACACCAACUGUAACCUCUCCUUCCAGCUCAUUUGGAGAGAAGCCCAUUGUUAUCUACAAACAGGCCUUUCCAGAUGGUCAUCUACCUGAAGAGUCUCUGAAAGUUUCAGUUGCUCCUGGACCAGUUGACCAGACAACUGGCUCACCAACUGUAACCUCUCCUUCCUACUCGCAACAUAGAGCAAAGCCUGGCAGUUUCUACCAGCCGGCAUUGCUAGGUAGUCAAAUACCUGAAGAGGCUCUCAGAGUUUCAUCUGCUCCUGGACCAGCUGACCAGACAACUGGCAUACCAACCAUAACCUCUACUUCCUACUCACUUGGAGAGAAGCCCAUUAUUAUCUACAAACAGGCCUUUGCAGAUGGUCAUCUGCCUGAAGAGGCUCUGAAAGUUUCCAUUGUUUCUGGACCUACUGAAAGGAAGACUGAGAUACCAACAGGACCUUUAGGUUCCAGUGCACUUGGAGAGAAGCCCCUUACUUUCUACCAGCAGGCUCUGUUAGACAGUCCUCUAAAUAAAGAAGUUGUGAAAGUUUCAGCUGCUCCUGGACCAGUUGACCAGAAGACUGAGACAAUACCAGUAUAUUCUACUCCCUACUCAAAUAGGGGGAAGGCCUUCAUUUUCUACCAACAGACCCUAUCAGACAGUCAUUUACCUGAAGAAGCUCUGAAAGUUCCACCUGUUCCUGGACCAGAUGCCCAGAAGACUGAGACACCAUCAGUAUCCUCUAGUUUAUACUCACAUAGAGAGAAGCCUGUUGUCUUCUACCAACAGGCCCUGCCAGACAGUCAGCUAACUAAAGAAACUCUGAAAGUUUCAGCUGUUCCUCAACCAGCUGACCAGAAGACUGGGUUAUCUACUGUAACCUCCUCUUUCUAUUCACAUACAGAGAAACCUAAUACUUCUUACCAACAAGAGUUGCCAGAUGGUCAUCUAACUGAAAAGGCUCUGAAAGUUUCAGAUGUUCCUGGACCAGCUGACCAGAAGAGUGGGUUAUCGACAGUAACCUCUACUUCCUACUCACACAGAGAGAAGCCCAUUAUUUCCUACCAGCAAGAGUUGCCACGUUUUACUGAAGCAGGUUUGAAAAUUUUAAGAGUUCCUGGACCAGCUGACCAGAAGACUGGAAUAAACGUCCUGUCCUCUAAUUCCUACCCACAGAGAGAGCAGUCUGUCAUUUCUUAUCAGCAGGAGUUGCCAGAUCUUACUGAAGUAACUUUGAAAGCAGUAGGGGUUCCUGGGCCUGCUGACCAGAAGACUGGGAUACAAAUAGCAUCCUCUAGUUCCUACUCAAAUAGAGAGAAGCCCAGUAUUUUUCAUCAGCAGGAGUUGCCAGAUAUUACUGAAGAAACUUUCAAUGUUUUUGUUGUUCCUGGGCAAGGUGACCAGAAGGCUGAGAUACCAACAGUACCUCUAAGUUACUACUCACAUAGAGAGAAGCCUAGUGUUAUCUCUCAACAGGAGUUGCCAGACAGUCAUCUCACAGAAGAGGCUCUGAAAGUUUCACCUGUUUCUAUACCAGCAGAGCAGAAGACUGGGAUACCAAUAGGACCGUCUAGUUCCUACUCACAUUCACAUAAAGAGAAACUCAAGAUUUCAACUGUGCUCAUACCAGAUGACCAGAAAACUGAGUUUCCAGCAGCUACCCUUAGUUCCUACUCACAAACAGAGAAGCCCAAGAUUUCAACUGUGAUUGGACCAAAUGACCAGAAGACUCCAUCCCAGACAGCUUUUCAUAGUUCCUAUUCUCAAACAGUAAAGCCCGAUAUUUUAUUUCAACAGCAGUUGCCAGAUAGAGAUCAAAGUAAAGGUAUUCUAAAGAUUUCAGCUGUCCCUGAACUAACUGAUGUGAAUACUGGAAAACCAAUACCUCUCUCUAGUUCUUAUUUUCACAGAGAGAAAUCAAGUAUUUUCAGUCCACAGGAAUUGCCAGGUAGACAUGUAACUGAAGAUGUGCUGAAGAUUUCAACAAUUCCUGGACCACCUAGUCAGAAAACAGUAUUACCAACAGCUCUUCCUAGUUCCUUUUCACACCGAGAGAAACCCGAUAUUUUCUAUCAAAAGGAUUCGCCAGAUAGACGUCUAACUGAAGAUGCUCUAAAGAUCUCAAGUGCUCUUGGGCAAGCUGAUCAAAUUACUGGAUUACACACAGUUCCCUCUGGUACUUACUCACAUGGUGAGAAUCACAAGCUUGUUUCAGAACAUGUCCAAAGGCUGAUAGAUAAUUUGAAUUCUUCUGACUCCAGUGUUAGCUCAAAUAAUGUGCUUUUAAAUUCUCAGGCUGAUGACAGAGUUGUAAUAAAUAAACCAGAAUCUGCAGGUUUUAGAGAUCUUGGCUCUGAAGAAAUCCAGGAUGCAGAAAAUAGUUCUAAAACUCUUAAGGAAAUUCGGACACUUUUGAUGGAGGCAGAAAAUAUAGCACUGAAACGAUGCAAUUUUCCUGCUCCCCUUGCCCCUUUCAGAGAUAUUAGUGAUAUUUCAUUUAUACAAUCUAAGAAGGUGGUUUGCUUCAAAGAACCCUCUUCCACUGAUGUAUCUAAUGGUGAUUUGCUUCAGAGACAGCCAUUCACAGAGGAAAGCCCAAGCAGCAGGUGCAUACAGAAGGAUAUUGGCACACAGACGAAUUUGAAAUGCCAGAGAGGCAUUGAAAAUUGGGAGUUUAUUAGUUCAACUACAGUAAGAAGUCCUCUACAGGAAGCAGAGAGCAAAGUCAGUAUGGCAUUAGAAGAAACUCUUAGGCAAUAUCAAGCAGCCAAAUCUGUAAUGAGGUCUGAACCUGAAGGGUGUAGUGGAACCAUUGGGAAUAAAAUUAUUAUCCCCAUGAUGACUGUCAUAAAAAGUGAUUCAAGUAGUGAUGCCAGUGAUGGAAAUGGUUCCUGCUCGUGGGACAGUAAUUUACCAGAGUCUUUGGAAUCAGUUUCCGAUGUUCUUCUAAACUUCUUUCCAUAUGUUUCACCCAAGACAAGUAUAACAGAUAGCAGAGAGGAAGAGGGUGUGUCAGAGAGUGAGGAUGGUGGGGGUAGCAGUGUAGACUCACUGGCUGCACAUGUGAAAAACCUUCUGCAAUGUGAAUCCUCACUGAAUCAUGCUAAAGAAAUACUCAGAAAUGCAGAGGAAGAGGAAAGCCGGGUACGAGCACACGCCUGGAAUCUGAAGUUCAAUUUAGCACAUGAUUGUGGAUACUCCAUUUCAGAAUUAAAUGAAGAUGACAGGAGGAAAGUAGAAGAGAUCAAGGCAGAGUUGUUUGGUCAUGGGAGAACAACUGACUUGUCCAAGGGUUUACAGAGUCCACGUGGAAUGGGAUGCAAGCCAGAAGCUGUAUGUAGUCACAUUAUUAUUGAGAGCCAUGAAAAAGGAUGUUUCCGGACUCUAACUUCUGAACAACCACAACUAGAUAGCCACUCUUGUGCUUUUAGAUCUGCUGAACCCUCAGAAAUGACCAGAGGACGUCAGAGCCCAUCAUCAUGUAGAGCCAAGCACGUCAACCUUUCUGCAUCCUUAGACCAGAACAACUCCCAUUUCAAAGUUUGGAAUUCCUUGCAGUUAAAAAGUCAUUCCCCUUUUCAAAACUUUAUACCUGAUGAAUUCAAAAUCAGCAAAGGUCUUCGAAUGCCAUUCCAUGAAAAGAUGAACCCUUGGCUGUCAGAAUUAGUAGAACCUGCUUUUGUGCCACCUAAAAAAGUGGAUUUUCAUUCUUCAACACAAAUGCCAUCCCCAGAACCCGUGAAAAAGUUUACUACCUCCAUCACUUUUUCAUCUCACCGACAUUCUAAAUGCAUUUCCAAUUCCUCUGUUGUUAAGGUUGGUGUUACUGAAGGUAGCCAGUGUACUGGAGCAUCUGUGGGGGUAUUUAAUUCUCAUUUCACUGAAGAACAAAAUCCUCCUAGAGAUCUUAAACAGAAAUCCUCUUCCCCUUCAUCAUUUAAAAUGCAUAGUAAUUCACCAGAUAAAGAAGUGACUAUUUUAGCAGAAGGUAGAAGGCAAAGCCAAAAAUUAUCUGUUGAUUUUGAGCAUUCUUGUCAAGAAGAAAAACCCUUAGAAAGACCAGAUUUUACAGGCAAUCAUUCUGAGCCCAGUACCAGUGCAAAUUGUAGCAAUUUCAAGGAAAUUCAAAUUUCUGAUAACCAUACCCUUAUUAGCAUGGGCAGACCAAGUUCCACCCUAGGAGUAGGCAGAUCGAGUUCCAGACUAGGAGUAAAAGAGAAGAAUGUAACUGUAACUCCAGAUCUUCCUUCUUGCAUUUUUCUUGAACAACGAGAGCUCUUUGAACAAAGCAAAGCCCCACAUACAGAUGACCCUGUGAGGAAACACCAUUCUCCCUCUCCUCAACAUCAGGAUUAUGUAGCUCCAGACCUUCCUUCUUGCAUUUUUCUUGAACAACGAGAACUCUUUGAACAGUGCAAAGCCCCAUAUGUAGAUCAUCAAAUGAGAGAAAACCAUUCUCCCCUUCCUCAAGGUCAGGAUUCUAUAGCUUCAGACCUUCCUUCUCCCAUUUCUCUUGAACAAUGCCAAAGCAAAGCGCCAGGUGUAGAUGACCAAAUGAGUAAACACCAUUUUCCCUUUCCUCAAGGUCAGGAUUGUGUAGUGGAAAAGAAUAAUCAACAUAAGCCUAAAUCACACAUUUCUAGUAUAAAUGUUGAAGCCAAGUUCAAUAAUGUGGUCUCCCAGUCAGCCCCAAAUCAGUGUACCUUAGCAACAUCUGCAUCUACUCCUCCUUCAAAUAGAAAAGCACUUUCUUGUGUUCGUAUAACUCUUUGUCCCAAGACUUCUUCCAAGUUGGAUAGUGGAACUUUAGAUAAAAGAUGCCAUUCAUUGGAUGCUGCUUCUAAAGCGAGGAUGAAUAGUGAGUUUAACUUUGACUUACAUACUGUAUCUUCGAGAUCACUGGAACCAACCUCCAAAUUAUUGACCAGUAAACCUGUAGUACAGGAUCAAGAAUCUUUAGGUUUUCUAGGACCUAAAUCUUCACUGGAUUUCCGAGUCGUACAGCCUUCUCUUCCAGACAGUAACACUAUUACUCAGGACUUGAAAACUAUACCUUCUCAGAAUAGCCAGAUAGUAACCUCAAGGCAAAUACAAGUGAACAUUUCAGAUUUCGAAGGACAUUCCAAUCCAGAGGGGACCCCAGUAUCUGCAGAUCGAUUACCCAAGAAGAUAAAGACUCCACUUUCUGCUUUCUCUGAAAAACUGUCAUCUGAUGCAGUCACUCAGAUAACAACAGAAAGUCCAGAAAAGACCUUAUUUUCAUCUGAGAUUUUUAUUAAUGCUGAAGAUCGUGGACAUGAAAUUACAGAGCCUGGUAACCAGAAACUACGCAAAGCUCCUGUCAAGUUUGCCUCAUCAUCUUCAGUCCAGCAGGUUACUUUUUCUCGUGGCACAGAUGGUCAGCCUUUAUUAUUGCCAUAUAAGCCUUCUGGUAGUACGAAGAUGUAUUAUGUUCCACAAUUAAGACAAAUUCCUCCAUCUCCGGAUUCCAAAUCAGAUACCACCGUUGAAAGCUCCCAUUCAGGAUCCAAUGAUGCGGUUGCUCCAGACUUCCCAGCUCAGGUGCUAGGCACAAGAGAUGAUGAUCUCUCAGCCACUGUUAACAUUAAACAUAAAGAAGGAAUCUACAGUAAGAGGGUAGUGACUAAGGCAUCCUUGCCAGUGGGAGAAAAACCCUUGCGGAAUGAAAAUGCAGAAACCAGCAAGCUUAUUCUAAAAUUGAUAAGGAAAUACAGAAUGCCAAGAAUGGCCAAGGGAAUCUUGAAGAACAAAUCUAAAGGAUUUACACUACCAGAUGCCUCAGUUCAAGUGCUAAUCACUGGGGAUGAGAACCUGUCAGACAAAAAACAGAAAGAAAUCCACAGUACAAGGGCAGUGACUGAGGCUGCCCAGGCUAAAGAAAAAGAAUCUUUGCAGAAAGAUACUGCAGAUUCCAGUGCUGCUGCUGCUGCAGAGCACUCAGCUCAAGUAGGAGACCCAGAAAUUAAGAACUCGCCAGACACUAAAGCCAUUACACAGAAAGAGGAGAUCCAUAGGAAGAGGACAGUUCCCGAGGAAGCCUGGACAAGCAAUAAAGAAUCCCUACAGAUCAAUAUUGAAGAGUCUGAAUGUCAUUCAGAAUUUGAAAAUACUACCCAUUCUGUCUUCAGGUCGGCGAAGUUUUACAUUCAUCAUCCCGUACACCUACCAAGUGAUCAAGAUAUUUGCCAUGAAUCUUUGGGAAGGAGUGUUUUCAUGAGACAUUCUUGGAAAGAUUUCUUUCAGCAUCAUCCAGACAAACAGAGAGAACACAUUUGUCUUCCUCUUCCUUAUCAAAACAUGGACAAGACUAAGACAGAUUAUACCAGAAUAAAGAGCCUCAGCAUCAAUGUGAAUUUGGGAAACAAAGGGGUGACAGAUACUACUAAAAGUCAAGCUAGAGAUUAUCCAGAAUAUAGUGGACAAAUUAAUGAUCCAAAAAGGGAUCAGAAGGUCACCCCAGAGCAAACAACUCAACACACUGUGAGUUUGAAUGAACUGUGGAACAAGUAUCGGGAGCGACAGAGGCAACAGAGACAGCCCGAGUUGGGUGACAGGAAAGAACUAUCCUUGGUGGACCGACUUGAUCGUUUGGCUAAAAUUCUUCAGAAUCCAAUCACGCAUUCCCUGCAGGUCUCAGAAAGUACACAUGAUGAUAGCAGAGGGGAACGAGAUGUGAAGGAAUGGAGUGGUAGACAACAGCAGAGAAACAAGCUGCAGAAAAAGAAGCGGUUUAAAAGCCUAGAGAAAAGCCAUAAAAACACAGGCGAGCUUAAAAAAACCAAGGUGCUUUCUCAUCAUGGAGCUGGGAGGUCUAAUCAAAUUAAAAUUGAACAGAUUAAAUUUGAUAAAUAUAUUCUGAGUAAACAGCCAGGUUUUAAUUAUAUAAGCAACACUUCUUCGGAUUGUCGGCCCUCAGAGGAGAGUGAGCUGCUCACAGAUACUGCCACCAACAUCCUUUCCAGCACCACUUCUACUGUCGAAUCAGAUAUAUUGACCCAAACAGAUAGAGAAGUGGCUCUGCACGAAAGGAGUAGCUCUGUUUCCACUAUUGACACUGCCCGGUUGAUUCAAGCUUUUGGCCAUGAAAGAGUAUGCUUGUCACCCAGACGAAUUAAAUUAUAUAGCAGCAUCACCAACCAACAGAGGAGAUACCUUGAGAAGCGGAGCAAACACAGCAAGAAAGUAUUGAAUACAGGUCAUCCCCUAGUGACUUCUGAGCACACCAGAAGGAGACGCAUCCAGGUAGCAAACCAUGUGAUUUCUUCUGACUCUAUUUCCUCUUCUGCCAGUAGUUUCCUGAGCUCGAACUCUACUUUUUGCAACAAGCAAAAUGCACACAUGUUAAACAAGGGCAUACAAGCAGGUAACUUGGAGAUUGUGAACGGUGCCAAAAAACACACUCGAGAUGUUGGGAUAACUUUCCCAACUCCAAGUUCCAGCGAGGCUAAAUUGGAAGAGGACAGUGAUGUGACUUCUUGGUCAGAAGAAAAACAUGAAGAAAAACUGCUCUUUACCAGUUAUCCUGGAGACAGAAAGUUAAAAAAGAACAAGAAGAAUUCUCAUGAAGGAGUUUCCUGGUUUGUUCCUGUGGAAAAUGUGGAGUCUGGAUCAAAGAAGGAAAAUGUGCCCAAGACUUGGGGCCCUGGCGUCUCCUGGUUUGAACCAAUAACCAAGACCAAGCCGUGGAGGGAGCCACUGCGGGAGCAGAACUGGCAGGGGCAGCACCUGGACGGUCGGGGCUCCCUGGCAGGCCCAGGCAGAGAGGAUGGCAGAGACCCACUGAAGCCGUUUGUGAGAGCAACCCUGCAGGAAUCGCUUCAGUUUCACAGACCUGACUUCAUCUCCAGCUCUGGGGAGCGGAUAAAGCGCCUGAAGUUAAUAGUCCAGGAGAGGAAGCUGCAGAGCAUGUUACAGAGCGAGCGGGAUGUGCUAUUCAAUAUUGACAGGGAACGGCAGGGCCACCAGAAUCGCAUGCGCCCACUGCCCAAGAGAGUCUUCCUGGCUGUCCAGAAGAGCAAGCCUAUCAGCAAGAAGGAAAUGAUUCAGAGGUCCAAACGGAUUUAUGAGCAGCUUCCAGAAGUACAGAAAAAGAGAGAAGAAGAGAAGAGAAAAUCAGAAUAUAAGUCAUACCGACUGCGAGCCCAGCUAUAUAAAAAGAGAGUGACCAAUCAACUUCUGGGGAGAAAAGUUCCCUGGGACUGACACAAGUUUAUUUUCCUCAGAGCCUUGGAAUUCUAUUUUAUGAAUCUAGAGAAGCACAAUCCUUACUUUUGUGAGUCUGAUUGAAUAAAGCUUAUUCUUUGUCCAUGUGUACUUCAGAAAUAGUACCUUCUAAAGAGUCUGGAGCAGAGUGGUGAUUAAAAUUCCUAAUGGUUUGGGAGCAAUACUUUCUUCAUAGUGGCCUGUCCAUUGGGCUCUGUGUUACAAUGAUAUGAUCAGUUCUCAAGAGUGAGUCCCUUUUUGUAUGUGUUUUUAUACUUUUAGAAAAUAAAAACUUGAGAUUAA